UAAACUUAACCUUUCAUUUUCUGUGAGUAUAUGAGUAAUGAACAACAAAAAAUUAAAUAUCGACGGAAGUUCGAUGCAACAAUGGAAACUUGAUCACAUUGUUGCAUAUAUACCUGAUUUUGGUUUUUAUAAAUGAAAACCUGGCACUUGCAAGUAAAUUUGAAGAUUGAUUUAAUAAAUCAUUUAAUCAUGUUUAAAAAAACGCUAUAGCUUUUGUUUGCUCUAAACAGAUGAUAUCUUGUGAACUGCCGAUUAUUAGUAUCAAUUAAUAACCAGCGGCGUGUUAGAUCUUUACCAAAAAUCAUGUAAGAAUUGAUUAGAUUAAUAUGCAAUCAAAGCAUUAAAAAUCUUCUGCUUAUAAAAACUACGUUUUUAAUUUCAAAAAUAAAUGACCAUGAUGAGCUCAAAAACUAGCACCGUUUUGGCAUUUGGUGUUUUGGUUUCGAUUGCUGUCCGUAGUGCUUGGACAGCACCUUCAGAAAAAUGUUUGAGAGACAUUCGGUCGUAUUUUGAGGGGCUCGCACCAUCAGAGCCAAAGUCCUGGGCCGUUGAAAUGUUUGAUGCGUCAUCAAAAUUUCCGCCGGACGGGAUAUCCGAACUGACAUUCACGUUUCAAUUGGGCAACUACGACGAGUGCCUGGCAGUCCAAGCUCCAGCUGAAAAUGAUCACUUCAGAGGAAAAUACUGUAGAUUUAACGUGUUCAUGGUGCCCGAUGACAAAAAAGAAGAGCAAGGGCCGCUUGGACAUUUAAUUUUGAGUACGAAAGAUGUCCAGCCCGCACACAUCACAUUGGAAGCGCGGCAAACAAAGUCGCCGAUUCUGCCUGAAAAUACUUCAGUAGUUAUGGGGCAAUGGACAGUCUGCGCCCCAUCAAGCUGUAAUUCGGAAGGCGUCGAAAUAGUUGCAGACAUAAAUUUAAAGUAUCUAACCUUCAUAUCAAAUUUUCAAUUUUCAUCCCUCGUGGCAGAAGAGUCGUGCUAUUAUGAGGGUGAUAAAUCACGGACAAUUCAGGCUGGCGGAUGGAUAUUCAUAGGAAUUCUUGCAGCUAUUUUCUGUAUUGAGUUGGUGCUGACAGCCUUCGAUCACUUUUCUACAAAAGAUUUGCACCCCGCAUUUACAAGUUUUUCGCUGAAACACAAUUUGACCGAUCUUUUUAAAAUACAAAAAGCACCCCCGGCCGGGCAACUAAAUUGUUUGCACGGAAUUCGAGUGAUCAGCACGCUUUGGGUGAUUUUACUUCACACCUACUCCAAUUUACUAACAGUAAAUGCUCGUACGGCCAGCCAAAAUUUAGGGAAUUGGAGCAUGGCACCUGUAUUGAGCGGUGGCCUUUCUGUUGAGACAUUUUUUGUUCUCAGUGGACUUUUGACGACCUACAUUCCCCUCGUAGAUCAAAUGAAAGGAAGAAAUUUUAAUGUUUUCAAAUAUAUAGUGUACAGAUACCUGAGGUUGACAAUUCCUUUGGCCGUUUUAAUCUGGUACUUCGCAACGGUCCAUUACAGCACCAGCGACGGCCCUCUUUGGGACUUUUCUUUGAAAGCGAAAACAGACAAAUGCGCCCAAUACUGGUGGACAAACCUACUUUACAUUGCAAAUUAUUACGAAUCAGGAUCCACUUUGUGUGUAGGCCAAACUUGGUACCUAAUGGUUGACAUGCAAAUGGCACUUCUCGCUCCUUUCGUGAUAAUCCCACUCCUGAAGUGGCCAAAAUAUGGCAUUGGUCUAAUAUGGCUUUUGAUUUUGGCAUCCAUGGGAUUGACCUUUGCUCUCACUUACAUCUAUAGUCUCAGCUGGACGAUCGUUUUUUAUGUCCAGCGGGAGUCUACAGGCGAUUUCAACGACCUAAUUUACAACAACACUUUGGCCCGCGCGGUGUCUUUCUUGUUCGGAAUGUUUUUAGGAUUCAUUCUGUCCAAGAAAAUCGAAGUGAAAAUUCCAAAAUGGGGCGUCGUAUUGGGCUGGCUGCUCAACACAGUCCUUUGCUUGACGGUUGUUUACGUAAUCACGAUUCCAUACAACGAGAGCUACGACAAGCUCGGCGCUGCUUUUUAUGCGACGUUUCACAGACUUGCCUGGUCGGUUGGAAUCGGAUGGGUCAUUUGGGCAUGCGUUAAUAAUUAUGGAGGGCCUAUUAAUUCAAUUCUUUCAUGGAAAUAUUUCCUGCCGCUCAGCAAGUUAAGUUAUUGUGCUUUUUUGAUUCACCUAGACAUAAUAGUUUUUCACACCGCGAUUCAACGAACCUACAGAUAUUUUUCAAACUUUGAAACGGUUUAUGACUAUUUUAGUGUUGCAAUUUUGACGUUUCCAUUGGCCAUCCUGUUGCAUGUGGUUGUGGAAGCACCGAGCAUGGCACUUAUCAGAAUAUUAUUUGGAAAAAGUAGGCAAUCGGCUUCACGAAUAACAUCAAAGCAGCAGUGAUUUUCUAGGAUAUUUAAAUGCAAAAGUAAAGGAUAAGUUAAAAUAUUAUUAAAAAUAAAAAAUAAACAGUAGUAAUGAUAAUUAAUUUCACUCACGGUUCAAUUAACAUCCCAGAAAGGUUAAACGCAUCUUACCUGAAACAGAACAAAAGAAAUAAAAUUAAUAAUUAACGAGUG